AUGACCCCCCAAAGCCUCACAGAGCGAGCUGCCGAGCCUCAGCGACGAACCAGACGGCCCCCUCCUGGCGUCGCACGCGACGACUCCGACGACGAGCUCGGCAUCGACGACCUGCCCUGGGAAUGGAUCUACAACGUUGAGGCACCGGGGCGCGAAGGCGACGAUGCGCAAAGCGAGCGCAAGAGAAGAAAGGUCUCGGGGAACAAGAUUGUCGGCGCCCGCAUGGGCACCUUUGAGUGCCUGGUUGGCGACACGGUGCUCCUCAAAGCGGACGGGUCCAAUGAGGCCUGGGUCGCCAUCGUCUGCGAGUUCAUCGAGGACGAUGGCGAGGGCGAAAAGGCGGCCAACUUUAUGUGGUUCUCGACCGAGAAGGAGAUUCGCAACAGGAACAAGAAGCGCAAUGACUUUCAAUGGAACGAGCUGUACCUCUCGCCCUCGUGGGACGUAAAUCCCCUCGCUUCCAUCAAUGGCAAGGCAACAGUAACAUCCCUCGAAAGGUUCCUCGACAAGUUCCCCUCGGGCAAGAUCCCGCGGCACUACCCCGAGUUUGGUAAGACCUUCAUCUGUCGCCGGGGCUGCAACACCCGGACCGCAACCUACACGGACGAGUUCGUCUGGGAGGAGGUAUACACGGGCGGUGACGAUAUAUUCGCCCUGAUUGAGCGCGUAGAAAAGGGCACCAAGGCGGUUCGCGGCAAGAGGAAGGCGCGCAGUCAAUCGCCCGAGGAGACUGCGUAUGUGCCGCCGCAGACACCGACCAAGUCGGCCGCGAGAGCGGCGACGACGCCACAGUCAAAGCGAGGUCCUGGCUCGCAAAAACGGGGCACCGGGAAGAAACUCGAAUUCACCCCGCUGGCAAUGCGGAAGCUGUCUCCUAGCGAAGUCCAGUCAUCACCCUUCCAGGUCGCCCGCUCUCGCCUCCACGUCUCAUCCGUGCCAACCAGUCUCCCCUGUCGCGAAGGCGAGUUCUCGCUCGUCUACUCACACCUGGAAGCCUCCAUCACGGACGGCACCGGCAACUGCAUCUACAUAUCCGGGACGCCGGGCACGGGCAAGACGGCCACUGUUCGCGAAGUCAUCGCGCGGCUUGAGGACGCCGUGGGUGCCGACGAGCUCGACGACUUUAUCUUUGUCGAGAUCAACGGCAUGAAAAUCACAGACCCCCACCAGUCGUAUACCCUGCUGUGGGAAGCGCUCAAGGGCCAGCGUGCUAGUCCCUCGCAGGCCUUGGACGGGCUGGAGCGGGAGUUUAACAACCCAAGCCCGCGACGCACUCCCUGUGUCGUCCUCAUGGACGAACUCGAUCAGCUGGUUACCAAGAACCAGGCAGUCAUGUACAACUUUUUCAACUGGCCCACGCUGCGGCACAGUCGCCUGAUUGUGCUCGCCGUCGCCAACACCAUGGAUCUCCCCGAGCGGACAUUGAGCAACAAGAUCAGCAGUCGGCUAGGUCUCACCCGCAUUACCUUCCCAGGUUACACACAUGAUCAGCUCAUGAGAAUUAUACAAUCGCGGCUGGAAGGUGUCCCCGGCAACAUUGUCGACCCGGAUGCCAUUCAGUUUGCGAGUCGCAAGGUCGCUGCCGUGAGCGGAGACGCCCGGAGAGCCCUCGACAUCUGCCGACGCGCGGUCGAGCUCGCAGAAGGCGACGUGCAAGGCGACCCCACGACGCCGAGCAAGUCCGGGGGGCACGACGCGUCUCGCCGCGGCCGUGUCACCAUUGCCACCAUAAAAAAAGCCAUCAAUGAGGCCACCUCCAAUCCCGUCCAGCAGCACCUCCGCGGCCUGCCGCUGACCUCUAAGCUAUUGAUGGCAGCGCUGCUGAUGAGGAUCCGGAGGACGGGCCUCGUGGAGACGACUUUCGGCGAGACCCUAGACGAGCUCCAGAGGGCCACUGUCCACUCCUCACCAACAAACCCGGGCAUGGCUCUCAUCUUGAGUAGCGGCCUCAAGGGCACCCCGGCGAGCGGCCACCGCGUCGUCACAAGGCCCAGCUAUGUGCACACGGCGGCGCUAGACCUGGUGGCGGCGGGCCUGAUCAACCUGGAGGCUCACCGUGCAGAGCGCUCGAGUAAGCUGCGCCUGGCGAUUGCCGACGACGAGGUCAAGAUGGCGCUGCGCGACGACGGCGAACUCAAGGCCAUGGGGAUAAUGGUGUGA